GCAGCGGCAUGGGACACGCUGGUUACUCAGAAUAGCCUGAGGCUGCACAGGAAGGCCAGCAGCGGGCCUGGGGGUUCUGCUCCUUGUGCCCCCCCGCUGGGGCCCAGGGCCUGGAGGGCAAGGUCAGAAGCGUCAGAUGGGAAUGACUGUUCUCAGGACAUCUCGCGCCCGAGUGCUUUGUCCCUCUGGGUAAGGCACCUUUGGGGCCCUUGCAGCUCUGGAUGGUUUCCUGACACCAACAUCUUGGCAUGGUGGCUGAUGUCCCGGGCAGCCUGAGCCUCCGGCCCUGCUCACCCUUCCUCAGACACAACGUCCCCUUCCUCCCCGCCACCCAGAAGGCCUUUGCUCCUUCCCCCUUCUGCCGCCAGUGCUUUUCCUGUCUCCCAUGCAGCCUUCCAGACCAGCUCAAGGUUCUGGGCAGGAGUCACAGCACACAGAUUUUAGCCCUGAUCAUGCCCUGAGCAUAGGCUCUGUAGAUGAGGGAGUCACCAGGUCGGUCAUAUUGCAGAUCCUUCUCGACUCUGCCUUUCAUGGAUUCAUUCAUUCGCUCAGCUCACGUUUUCACUUAUUUAUUUUUAAAAGAUUUAUUUAUUUGAAAGGCAGAGUUACAGAGAGACAGCGACACACACACAAAGAGAGAGAUAGAGAGAAGUAUCUUCCAUCUGCUGGUUCACUUUCUAGAUAGCCACAAUGGCCAAGGCUGGGUGGGACCUAAGCCAGGAGCUUCCUCUGGGUCUCCCAUGUGGGUGCAGGAGCCCAAGCACUUGGGCCAUCUUCUGCUGCUUUCCCAGGAACGUUAGCAGGGAGCUGGAUCAGAAGUGGAGCAGCUGGAACUUGAACUGGUGCCCAUAUGGGAUGCUGGUGUUGCAAGUGCUGGCCUUACAUGCUGCACCACAGUGCCAGCCCCCAUGCCAUGUGUGAGGAGUCAGGAGAGCAGUGAGCCAGGAGUGCUGUGGGAGCACCCGAAUCCCACCAGGGGGCAGAGUGAGACACCCUGGAGCAGGGGCACUUGAAGGGAUUUUUGUGGGGGAGGGGCAGCGAUGGGACCCCCCCCCCCCCACACACACACACUUUGUGCUUUAGGUUUAAGUCUUCCAAAUAGGAAGAUGAACUUCCAGGCCUGGGGUUUCUAUUAGCAUCCACAGGAUGCAGCUGUCUGGGGCCUGGCCCAGAGCAGGUGAUGGUGGAGUUGUACCGAGUUUGAGUGAAGGAGGAAAGUGGUGCAGGGGGCCAAGGUGGUCCCUGGAUUUGGGCCUCCCUUGCCCUUCCUUCUUCCCGUGCUGCCUUAACCUCCCACUUUGGGUCUGCAGGGGAGGUUUGGUGGGGUGGAGGGAGCGGCAGGUGCAGUGGCUUCCUCAGGAGUAGUAACCCAGUGUGUGUUGCACCAGUGCUGGCGCUGGGCUGGGCCUGUCACUUCAUCUCCCAUCUCUACUUCCUAGACUGAAGACUGAGGGUAAGAAAGUGACUCACCCGGACCCACAGCAUAGUCAGGAUUGGAGCCCGGGCUCGUCUGUCUCCAAAGCUCUCCGCCAGGCUGGCGCUCUGCCCAAGGGCUUGAGUUGUCCCUCACCAAGUGGACUUGCAGCUCCUGGAGACCGGGGGUCUGUUCUCCCUGCUGCUCCUCCCCACACCCCUGCCACGUGGCUGGGCACACCCAUGGGGCUUGGGGGCUUGUCUUGCUCAAUGGUCUUAGGAGAACAAGUGGGAAAAUUGAGGCUGUAUGAAUAGGUCAGUAGUGUGACCAAGAUCAUAUGGCAAUCCAUGGGGGUAGCACUGGCACUGCCAGGAUCCCAAGGUCCCAAGGGUGGCUGGGCCAGCUGGGGGCAGGGGAGGGGCUGCCACUGGGGCCGCCACUGUCGGAGGCCUGGCUGUCUUCCCGCCUCUCCCUGGAAUCCAGCUCCUCCUGUCCAUCCCUGCAGCUCAGCCCCUCCCCUCUCUGCCCAGACCAGGCCAAUGGUCCCUCACCUCGUGGCCACUGUGCCCAUCCCGCACCAGACAGGCUGCGCAGCCUUGUAGGGAUCACAGCAUGGAUUGUCUUGCUCCCAGGCCUCGGCACACACUCGCUGCCUUGCUUAUAUCACCCCUUCCCUUUUGCCUGACACUCAUCCCUUGUGGGGGCCGCAUCGGGCAUCACAUCUCUGAGGACGCCUUCUCUGGCCCCAGGACUUCCUGAGGGCCCCCUGGACUCUGCGUUUCUCCCAUCGUACCUCUGAUGACCUGGGGAUUAUUGUACUCAGUUUACACCAUGCUCUAGGCCAGCACUGGAAAUACAGUGAGCACCAGAAAUGCAAGCCACAUGCACAAUGUAAACUCUUCUAGAAGCUACACUGUUAAAAAGUCAAAGGAAACAGGUAAAAUUUAUUUUAUUUAAGCCAAUAUAUUGGAAAAAGUUAUGUAAUCAAUAUAAAAAUAAAUAAGAUUUUGGGGGCUGUCGUUCAUAUUAGGUAUCGAACAUUCUUUUUGGUACCACAUCUGUGGAAUCUGGGGCCACUACGUUUUACACUCACAACGCAUCUGCAUUUGGACCAGCCAUGCUGCAAGUGCCCAGUAGCUGAGCGGUGCGGGGCAGCCGCCAGAGCAUGCAGUGCCCCGCGGGCCCCUGAAGGGCAGCAGCCGUGCCUAAGUCUUCUGUCUGGGUCCCCAGCACAGAGGAGAGGCCCAGGGGAGAGAGGCAGAGCGUGGGGUUGGGCCCUGGGUGGGAGCUCAGCUGGGCCAUUCAACAGCUGUUGCAGCGGCUGCUCCCCGCGGGCCCCAGCUCCCUGAUCUGCAAAGUGGUGAUGAUAACAUUUUCAGCAUGGCCUGGAAUGCUCAUAUAAAGACAUGUUUGUACAGUUUCCAGAUUUUUACAGACAUGAAACCGCAGGGAAAGGAGGAAGAGCCCGUGCACAGGAUGGGUGGGGAUGAGCCUCCUUCCUCUGGCCCCUGCCCCUGGCCUCCUGCUCGGCUUGCAUUUGGAGUUCAUGCCCACACCCCGCCUUGUGGAGCCCCAGUCUGCAGUGGGGUCACACAGGCAGGGAAGGGGGAGGCUUGCUUCCGUCCAGUGCUGGCUGCCCCGGGGGCUGGAGGCGCGUAAGCUGGCUGUAGGGUUGUGAUGUGCCAUGGAAUGAGGAGCUGCAGACUGGCAUCUGGCCAGGGCAUAGGGUGGCAGGGGUGUGGGAUGGCGAGCAUGGGGCCAGGAGCUGCAUGUGUUGGGCUCCCUGGUUCCCUGCCAGACCAGCGGCUGGCACCUGCGUGGGUCUUUCGGGUCAAGCGAGCCUGGCUGCACCCCUCAUCUUUCUGCUCAUACUUCUGCCCCCCGGGACCUUGUGCACCUUUUCCGCUGUCACCCCAGUCUAGAUGGCCUGUGGGUAUUGGCCCUGGUGCCUGCUGCCCCCUCAGACAGAAGGUAGGGACCUUUCCAGCCCACCUGGGUCCCUGGUGCCCAACACAGGACUGGGCCCUGAUGGCGCCGCACCUUGCAGACGGCGACAGAGCAGGAUCUGCAGGACCUCAGCAGCCACGAUGCAGCAGGGUUCCCGGAUGGCUGGUGUGUCUGCCUCAGCAGGGGGCAGGCCUGGGCCCGGGCUGGAAAGCCGAGUGGCAUCUAGAUAGGGCCCUCGGGUGUGGGCAGUGUUCUGGUCAGAGUGGAUGGCGGUAAGGAGUGCUGAGGCUUAUUGGGCGCUUACCGUGUGCGGGAAGUGUCUCUCCCUGUGUUGUCACAGUCUCCCGUGGGGACCAUUCUGUUCUCCCCUAAGGAGGAGUGAAGAAGCUGAGAUCACAAAACCUGCCCAAAGCCACACAGCUGGACAUGAGCCGGAGCCAAGACCACAGCCCUGGCCGUCUGGCUGCGGAGCGUCAGUGUCACCGUCAAGUUCCCGGUGAACCGCCCAGGCCCAGCACCUCAGCAGACCCUUCCUUACUGCUCUGCGGGUUGUGGUGCCCGAGUGGUGGCAGGAAGAGGGGCUCAGCUGUCGGCUGCUUGGCUCAGGAGCAGGUGCCGGGCCUCGCGGUGUGCGGCCGCCCAGCCGUGAUGGCAGCACCUCGCCGCCUAGUGGUGCAGGGGCUAUGGUGUCGGCUCCCUGGGAGCGCAGGUGUGUCGUCUGCAUUGUGCGGGUGAGGAAGGUGAGGCUCUGUGAGGCCAGAGCCAGCACGUGGUGGAGGCAGGGCCUCUGAGCCGCUGCCUGUCACGACUCAGCACACGAGGAGCCAGCCCUGAGCCAAGGCCAGGCCCAGGGUACUGCGGGGGCAGUGGACCUCCAUCACCUCUUGUACCUGCUCCCUGCUGCACCAGGGGACCGUGCUGGGGAGUGGCUGUGCAGGGGCAGCGGUCAGGUGAGCGGAUCAGGCUCUGGUGGGGGCCGCUGAGUGCGCCGGCAGCAGGCAUGGGCCCGGACAUGACACAGGCAGCUGCAGCUCCGUUCACUGGUGCCUUCUCCGAGCCAGACUCAAGGCUUGGCCUGCACCCACGCAGAGAGCCGCACACAGUCCUGGGUGGGGAAGAAGAUACUUUGGGCAUUCACACCGUAGCCCGGCUAAUGCUAGGCCCUGGGGGACACAGUGUCCAUCUUCCUCCCCCCACAUCAUUACACUGGAGGUGGUUCUGGGAAAGGACGUCACUGGUGGCAGAAGGGAGGGGGAGGGCGGGCCAGGCAGAAGAGCGGCAUAUGCGCAGUCCAGGCAGAAGAGCGGCACAUGCACAGUCCUAUAGUGAGACUAGGCUCCUGAUGACUGGGGCUGAGAGUGGUGUUGGGAGAAAGGCAGGGCCAGUCCCAAGGGCUGAGCACGGCGAGCGGAAGACCUAGGAUACACCCUGCUGGUGCUGGCCCACAGCGGCCUGGGGCUGCUGGAGGAGGGGCAGGGUCUCCCAGCGCUGCCUGUGCCAGUGCAGUAAGAGCUCAAUAAAGGCCAGGUCCCGCCUCAGCUUUCCCUUCUGUGCAAUGGGCAUUCCUUGGCGCCAGGCCUGGUGAAAGGGCAGAGGCUGCCUCUCCCCUCCAGGGGUGGCCCUGAUGGGAGUGAGUGGGGAGGAGGGCGGCAGCCAGCAGAUCAGCAGGGUGCUGAGGACAGGGUCCAGAGUGGACACUGCCUGUGCCCCAGGCUUAGUGGACCUGCCGUUUCGUGGAGUGCCAGGGUGGGUCUGACUCGGCCUCUCCUACAGGCACCAUGGCCCAGAGCAGGGCGCUGCUGCUCCUGCUGCUGUUGCCGCUGCAGCUGAACCUAGGACCUGUGCUUGCCGUGAGGGCCCCAGGGUUUGGCCGCAGUGGCGCCCACAGCCCGAACCCCGAAGAGAAUGAGUUCGUGGAGGAGGAUCCGGUGCUAGUCCUGAGCCCCGACGAGCCAGGGCCUGGCCCAGCUGCAGCCGACUGCCCUCGGGACUGCGCCUGCUCCCAGGAGGGAGUGGUGGACUGCGGUGGCAUUGACCUGCGGGAGUUCCCGGGGGGCCUGCCAGAGCACACCAGCCACCUGUCCCUGCAGAACAACCAGCUGGAGAAGAUCUUUCCCCAGGAACUCUCUCGACUACACCGGCUGGAGACUCUGAACCUGCAGAACAAUCGCCUGACGUCCCGAGGGCUCCCGGAGGAGGCGUUUGAGCACCUGGCCAACCUCAAUUACCUGUACCUGGCCAAUAACAAGCUGACCUUGGCACCUCGAUUCCUGCCAAAUGCCCUGAUCAGUGUGGACUUUGCUGCCAACUAUCUCACCAAGAUCUAUGGGCUCACCUUUGGCCAGAAGCCAAACUUGAGGUCGGUGUACCUGCACAACAACAAGCUGGCCGACGCCGGGCUGCCUGACAACAUGUUCAACGGCUCCAGCAACGUCGAGAUCCUCAUCCUGUCCAGCAACUUCCUGCGCCAUGUGCCCAAGCACCUGCCACCGGCCCUGUACAAGUUGCACCUCAAGAAUAACAAACUGGAGAAGAUCCCACCAGGGGCCUUCAGUGAGCUGAGCAACCUGCGGGAGCUGUACCUGCAGAACAACUACCUGACAGACGCGGGCCUGGACAACGAGACCUUCUGGAAGCUCUCCAGCCUGGAGUACCUGGAUCUGUCCAGCAACAACCUGUCUCGGGUCCCCGCGGGGCUGCCACGCAGCCUGGUGCUGCUGCACCUGGAGAAGAACGUUAUCCGCAGCGUGGACGCCGACGUACUGACGCCCAUCCGCAGCCUCGAGUACCUGCUGCUGCACAGCAACCAGCUGCGGGCGCAGGGCAUCCACCCGCUGGCCUUUCAGGGCCUCAAGCGGCUGCACACGGUGCACCUGUACAACAAUGCGCUGGAGCGGGUGCCCAGUGGCCUGCCCCGUCGUGUGCGCACCCUCAUGAUCCUGCACAAUCAGAUCACGGGCAUCGGUCGCGAAGACUUCGCCACCACCUACUUCCUGGAGGAACUCAACCUCAGCUACAACCGCAUCACCAGCCCGCAGGUGCACCGCGACGCCUUCCGCAAGCUACGCCUGCUGCGCUCGCUGGACCUGUCCGGCAACCGCCUACACACGCUGCCGCCCGGGCUGCCCCGCAACGUGCACGUGCUGAAGGUCAAGCGCAACGAGCUGGUCGCCCUGGCCCGCGGCGCGCUGGCAGGCAUGGCCCAGCUGAGGGAGCUCUACCUCACCGGCAACCGGCUGCGCAGCCGGGCUCUGGGGCCCCGCGCCUGGGCGGACCUCGCCCACCUGCAGCUGCUGGACAUUGCUGGGAAUCAGCUCACAGAGAUCCCGGAGGGCCUCCCGGAGUCGCUGGAGUACCUGUACCUGCAGAACAACAAGAUCAGUGCUGUGCCCGCCCAUGCCUUUGACUCCACACCCAACCUCAAGGGCAUCUUUCUCAGGUUUAACAAGCUGGCCGUGGGCUCAGUGGUGGAGAGCGCCUUCCGGAGGCUGAAGCACCUGCAGGUCUUGGACAUUGAAGGCAACUUUGAGUUUGGUGGUGUUUCCAAGGACCGUGGCCGCUUGGAAGAGGAAGAGGAGGAGGAAGAGGAGGAGGAGGAGGAAGAGGAAGAGGAAACAAGAUAGUGACAAAGGACAGAGAUCUGACCUAGGACGCUGGACUCCUUCCUGCAGCGAGCCCUCAUCCUGCCACGCUCCCACGGACGCACCCAGCACUGCACCCUGGGGUGUUGCGCAGGAC